CGCACUGCCAUCAUGGAUCCAUCCCUGCAACCUCGACCGCCUGCAGUGCAUUCAUCAUUGGUCUUUGAGGUUGCUUCCAUCAUCCUCCUCCGUGACGCCCGCCGCCUCCGCCUUUGUUAAACACCUUCGAUUGAGAAAUCAUGCCCAUGCCGCCAUUCCACCCCACGACAGCGUAGUGGCCGCAAGGGGGUGUUGAAUUACCCACAUCGGGCAGACCGCUUUCAACAGCGACCAUGUCUGCCCGGAAACUCGGAGGCGGCAGGGUCCUCGGCAGCGGCAAGGGCCUCGCCCCUCCACCUUCUGCUCAUGCCCCGCGAGCUUCAAGCCCCUUCGCUCCGUCCGACAGCAGUACUAGAUCGGUUCGCUCGCGAAACUCGACACCAGUCUCGCUCUCUCCGUCCUCCUCUAGCCCGCUUCCCGACUUCUCCCAGGAUCUCGCCUCCAAUGUCACAGUCGCAGGGCCAUCGUCCAAUGGCACCUCGCCUGGGAACAAGCUGGCAUGCCCGAUAUGCGAAGAUCAGAUGGUCACGCUACUGCAACUAAACCGACACCUCGACGAUGUCCACCAAGAGCUGCCCGAGGCCGAGCAAGAUGAAGUCAAGUCGUGGUUCGACAAGCAGGUCCUGAAAGCGAAACGGUUCCAGCCCCUAUCCCUCAUCAACCAAAAACUGCGUGGCUUGGAAGUAUUCGAGUCGAACGAGACACAACCCGUAUCGGUCGGAGUUGCACCGGGGCGACCUAUCGACACGAUAAUCGAUCCCGAGGAGCUGGUUUCGAGGAGACACUGGGAGCGACCGACAGGGAACGACGUAUGCACGGAUCCGUUAUGCGACAGGAGAUUGGGGCCGCUCGGCGGCAGCGUCAACUGCCGGAAGUGUGGGCGGCUGUUCUGCGAAGAGCACACCAUGUACCAGAUGAAGCUCUCGCGUGCGGCCACCCACGAGCCGGUCAGGGGCGUGUGGUGCCGGGUGUGCGAGACAUGCUACAAGUCUAGGGAUGGAUACAGCGACAGUACGGGCCUGGCUCGCGACCACACAACAUUUUUCACUGCGGUACGGGCGAAGAAGGUGGAGAGACAACGGCUGGAGGUGCAGAGGUUGGAGAAGAGGUUGACGAAGCUGACGCGGUUGCUUGCGGAAGCGCCGCUGGAAACGGGUGUAAAUCCGGGCCUCUUGUCGCCGCUGGCUGGGCAAAGGAAUCAAAGGAAGAUGAUUGAACAGUCGGUGGUGACAUGGGAGGAUGAUGCGGCCGUUCUCAAGUGCCCCUUUUGUAAACAGGAAUUUGGGGCUUGGACGUUCAGGCGGCAUCACUGCAGGAUAUGUGGCCGAGUUGUGUGCGCCGAUCCGCAAACCAACUGUUCAAGCGAGGUGGCUUUGAACGUUGCAAAUCCAAUUGCGAUACCCACGACCGAAAAGCCCGAACAUCCUACCAACGGACAAGUUGGUAUCGACGUCCGGAUGUGCUGCGAGUGCAAACAAACGAUAUUUUCCCACCAUGACUUCGUCGAGUCUAUCAAGCACCGGCCACCAGAUCAACGCGCCUACGAGACACUCCGCCAGUUCGAACGCGGCAUCCAAAUGCUGAUGCCGUCCUUCCACAAAUCACUACACGCCCUUCAGCCGCCUGACGAGAACGGAAGCGGACCUGACAAGGCGCCACCCACACACGCACAGAUUCAGGACGCGGCCAAGAUCCGCAAACGCCUAACAGACUCCUUUGCCAAGUAUGACCUCGCCUCAAAGCGCAUCCGCAACAUGAAAACCGACAGCCCGACCCAACUGCGCCUCCAAAAGGCUAUCCACGCAUCCGCCUCGUCUUUUUUGCACGCCAACCUCAUCCCCCUGAAGAGCGUCCCGGCCAUGCUCAAGUCACAGAGCUCGAACCACCGCAGGUUACUGUCGGCCGGCAACGGAUCAUCACAUUCGAUAUCCUCUCCACUACGCAACGGCGAAUCAGCGGGAUUCGAUCCCGAGACGUCAAGUCUGGGCGGUGCAAGCGAGGUCAGCACGGUCAUUUCGACGGCGCUGGAGACGGAGGAGAAGGAGGCGAGAGAGAAGUUGGUUGUCUUGGAGGAGCAACGGUUCAUGGUGCAGGAUAUGCUCAACCGGGCAAGGGGUGCCCGGCGGUUCGAGGAGGCUGGCGCCUUGACCAAGAACCUGGAAGAAUUGGAUAAGGAGAUUGAAGCUUCAAAGCGGCUAGUCGCGGGGGUCGAGGAAAGGUGGGAAGGGCUUUAUUCGGGGGCUUGAGUUACCCCGGCACGGUCAUGACUCUCACUCUCAAGGGCGGUUGUAUUAUGGCGAACGGGAUUGGCAUUGCACGGAGUUUGGAACACCACAUUUGAAGGGCACCGGAUACGAAGGGCGUCUAAUAUCGACGUCUUACUUCAGUACUAGCCAGACAGGUACAUGUAAUAUAUCAGGGGUUUCCCUUCCUUGCGA